UUCAACCAUUUGUCACUGACGAUCCCCGCGUUCAGAUUAGCGCUUUUGUCACGUUGAGCGUUUAUCGAUAAUACCGCGCGAAGAUACCGCUUAUCCGCGCCGCGAAGAUAAACGAUAAAUUUUAUCGGGCGACAACAAGGUGGGUAGAACGAUCGAGGUGAGAUUGAUCGGGGACCAGUCUUCCCUCGGUGGUCAGCGCGGGUUCGUCAACCGCCCCUCGGCACCGCGGAUCGAAUCGUCGCCGUCUACUUCGCCGAGCAAGUUGCCGGUGGUAGAAGCCGCAGGUGGAGAUACGUUCCUCUCCUCUCACCGUCGCGAGACUCUUUCUCCACGUGAACUCGUCCCGCGUAUAUCUCUUCGCUCGCCGAACGAGACGGCGAACGAGCUGUCUUCGCUCCGUGAUUAUGCGAUAUACGGAAGAGGAACCGAUGGCGGAGCGGAAUUACGCUCAGCAGCUCAACGACACGUCGGCGAACAAUGGCGAGCAACAAUCGCAGCAGGCGACCGCCUCGUCCCCGACGAGCACGGCGACUCAGACGGCGGAGGAGAUGGAGCUGCGAGAAAACGCACCGGUUGUUUACGCGAACACUACCGUCAUCACGAUGCAACCGGGAGUAGGCGAGAGGUUCUUUCGUAGGCCAAUUCCCAUCAACACCAUCGAUUGGAUUUCGACACCCAGGUCACAGAUGAACGCUAUGUCCGGCACGCAGUUUCUGGAAGGCGUCGAACAGUUGGAAAUUCAGGAGGUUAUUGAUUUGAGUACUCUACUCGGCAGAACGGAGAGGGGUACUCAGUACAGGGUGAAAGUGCCGCGCGCGGAAACGUUAUUUCUCGCCAUGGAAUCCAAGAUGCCGCAAGAAACGCAAUCGCGAUUAUACGGCUGGUACAAGGGCUUCGUGUUGAACGUCCUGGAUCAAUGUGGCGAGACCGCCUUCAUCAUCCGAAAGGAUCCGAGCUGGAAGCACGUGCCGUGCUCUCGACAGAAAAUUACAGUGGAAAGCGCGAAUCUCAUCGGUAGCGUGGAGGAGAACUUCAGCCUGCUAGGGCCGAACUUCACCGUGUACAACGCGAUGAAUGAGCCACUCUGCAACAUAUACGGACCCAAAAUUUGCGGCUGUUGUAUGUUCAAGGAAGCGCAGUUCCAGGUCGUAUCGUUAGACGGUUCGCGCCAAAUCGCAUCGCUAAUUCAUCAAUGGGAUCACUUGGCAGUAGAUUAUGUCCUGCUGCUCACAUUUCCGCUAGAAACAGACGUGAGAUUGAAGAGCUUGCUCGUCGGCGCGUCAUUCUUACUAGAAUACCUAUAUUUUCAACGAAUAAGAAGAGCGUCCAGGAGAUAGGCACUUAUUAUAAACAACUUUUUGAAUUUUGCUACCUACACCUGUUCCGCAAACUAUAUAGAUUUAUUAUAAAUGACUUGAGAUACCACUUGAGAAAUUUAAAUUUAAACAUAAUUUAAGCAACUUUACAUAAAUAUGAAUUUCAUCGGUGACAAGCAACAAUUUACAUAAUCAUAAAUUAUUUAUAUUUAUUGAUUUUAAUAAUGUGAUAAAUACUCAUUGCAAAAGUGCAAGGUACAAAUGUAUAGAUUUCCAAGAGAAAUACGAAAAAUAUAUUUCAACUGACUUUUCGAGCUUCGAAGCGAGAUAUUCGAAGAACGAUAUUCGUUUUUUCCGAACGCACACGUCUAAACGGCAUCUUCAUUGUGAUUUAUAAAGAAAUAUUCCUUCAACGAAAUAUUUCUCCAUUUGCAUUUAUACUAUUCACAUUAUUUGUAUUAUUCUAUUUUAGGGUGACUUAAAUCUCCUAUAUAUGCGAUAUAUUAUGUACAUAUAGGCGAUAAAAAUUAUAUAUUGUUAAUAAUGAAUUAUAAAAUUAUAAUCAAAUUCUAUUCAA